AUGAACCAGAAUAAGAGGUUUGGGGAUGAACAACUAGCGCUGAAAGUAUAUAUGAGCAAAGCCUACGACCGGGUUGAAUGGAAAUUCGUUUGGGCUAUUAUGGAGAAAUUGGGUUUUUGUAGAAGGGUUACGAUUCUCGAGCAGUGGGUUCAGGAUUGCGGAACUCUUAGCUACGAUAAACUGCUAGUCGUUAUCAAGCAACUUAGGUCACGCAAAAGAUAUAAAAUCGCCCUCGAGGUAUCAUUUUGGAUGUCUGAGAAAGGAUACUCUGAACCUGGAUCUGCAGAUUUUAGUUUAAGACUGAACUUGAUUGCAAAGGCCAAGGGAAUAGAAGAAGCUAAAUCUUAUUUUGAUAUCAUUCCGAAAUACUCAAGAGCUGCAGAAUGUUACAGCUCUCAUCUUAAUUGCUAUGCUCAAGUUAGGUAUGUGGAUAAAGCUGAAAAGAUCAUGCUGCAGAUGAAACAUUUGGGUUUCACAAGGUCUACUUUGGCAAGAAAUACUUUGCUUAAUCUCUACUAUCAAACACAAAACUUUGACAAAGUGAAAAUUUUGUUGCUUGAAAUGAAGGAAGAGGGUAUUCAAUUCAAUAGAUUUAUAUUUGUCACCUUGAUUAACACAUAUGUGGCCAAAUCUGAUAUAGAGGGAAUCGGCAAACUUCUUGCACAGUUAGAAGAUGAUCCAUCGUAUUCCCAACAUGCGGAUUGGUGGAGUGUUUAUUCUGUGGUAGCCAAUUGUUAUGGAAAACUCGGGCUUCGUGAUAAAGCUUUUAACGUUUUAAAGAAAUCAGAGGAGCGCCUGAGUUCUACAAUCUGGAAAGAGGCAUUUCCUUACCUUGUGACUCAAUAUGCAACAAUAGGGAAGAAAGAAGAAGUGAUGAGGUUGUGGAAUAUUUAUAAGAUGGAUGGGAAGUUACUUAAAAGAGACUAUUAUUCAGCUGUAAUAAGUUCAUUUCUCAAGUUGGAUGACAUUGAACUUGCAAAGAGUAUCUUUGAGGAGUGGGAAUCUAGAAACCGGUAUUUCAAAAAUUUCGUUAUUCCAAACUGA